CAAUUACCCUGGGCUCAUAAAUCCGCCAGAAAAAAAUCUCAAGUGUAACGAAUAAUUCUCCAAUAAUGGGAAGCUGUCAUUUAUUCGCUUGGGGUGCGAAUUCGCACGGACAAUUGAGUCUCGGUUAUGAAUCGGAACAAUCGAUUUUACCAGAAAAGGUAGAUCUCAGUAAAACAAAUCUUGAUCCUUCGAGGAUAUCGAAAAUAGUGGGCGGUGCAGGUCACACACUAAUCCUGGAUGACGCAGGUACAUUGUACUCGUGUGGUUGGAACAAAAAGGGUCAAGCAGGGAUUGACUUAUCAGAAUUCUCGGUAAUUCUCGAUCUACAAACAAUUGAUGCCUUGAAAAAUAUAAGAAUAAAGGAUGUGGCAUGUGGAUGGGACAGUUCAAUUGCACUCACUGACAACGGCGAGGUUUAUACCUGGGGAUCCAAUUGUUUCGGACAAUUGGGGCGAGCCGUUACUGGAUUCACUAAUGUUCCUGGUAAAAUUGAAAUACCCUUCAGAGUCAAGGGGAUUGCGAUGGGCUUGCGACACUCCGUUAUUCUCACCGAUGAGGGAAAUUUAUUAGUCGCCGGUGCAGGUAGCAAAUCUCAGCUUGGAAUUCUUCAUCCGAAUGACGAUACCCUCCGACAAACUGACGCCUUUCUUCCGGUUCCAGGAAUAUCAGGAAUCAAUAGCAUUUCGUGUGGUCAAUACUUUAGUGCAGCUGUCACGGAUGACGGAGUGAUCAUCACCUGGGGAGAUAAUAAAUGGGGUCAACUGGGGGCUGAUUUUAAUCACGUAAAAGUACACAGAGUUCCUCUGAAAUUGAGUAAACGCAUCUCGGGAAUUAAAAAAUUGCGAUGUGGAUGGACCCACACAGGAGUCCUCACAGAAGACGGAAAAAUUUUCACCUGGGGGAGAAAUACUUAUGGACAACUAGGACAUCCCCGUCGGGAAACCCCAUGGAUUGCAAAUGAUGUGAUCGAUAUCUCAGACAUCAAACAAUUCGAGAUUGGAUCGGAGCAUAAUAUCGCACUCAACAAUCGGGGAGAAAUUUUCUCGUGGGGAUGGAACGAGCAUGGAAAUUGUGGAAACGGUUGCAUAGAAAACGUCUGGUCCCCCCAAAAAAUAUCAAUUCCAAAAGAAUAUAGAGGAGUUUUGAUUGGAACUGGAGCUGGUCACUCCUUCGCAGUCCUGGAGACAUUAAUUUAAGCUCAAUGAAACCUAGAUAUUGAA